GUUGUAUCUAGUUUGACGGGUUUUCCUGCGACAAUGCAUCUUACUCUAAUCUUCCGAGGCGUCACGGGCGGCGCCGCGUCGGCCACUUGCAUUGGAAGCAACCUGUUGCAGCACCGUCGUUGGCGUACAGGAGCACUAUGGCGUUGACGACUGAAGUCCCGGAAACUCGCCGUGUGGCCCAGCUGGAGCAGAACCAAGAGGAACCGCACGUCGACCUCACGACGCCGCCCGUGUCGGACAAGGAGGACGAGCCGCGCACGAGCAGCCCGGAACGAUUUGAGCUCGAGACGUUUACGCCGUUUUCGUCUAGUCAUCUGUGGAAGCUCAUGAGCUCGUUUUACGACCGGCAAGGCGUCGAGUCGUGGGCGCAGGGCAUCGUGCCGCACUUCAUCACGUCCAACACGUUCAUUGCGAAAAGAUACGUGCAAGUGUUUGUGGCGUACUUGCGCGACGCGUUGACUCAGCUGGAUCCGACGGAACCGCUCUACAUUGUCGAGCUGGGCACGGGCAGCGGCAAGUUUUCGUUUUACUUUUUGCAGUGGCUGCACGACAUGGAAGCCGUGUUGAACCUAUCGUUUCCACUCGGUCAAAUCCGCUACGUCAUGACCGACUUCACCGACUCGAACCUCAAGUUCUGGCAGACCCACCCCGCACUCGCGCCGUUUGUGCAGCGGGGCACGCUGGACUUUGCCAUCUUCGACGCCACACACGACUCGUCGCUGUACCUGAUCCAUGCAAAGCACUCGAUUGUGUCCGAGUCGCUCCAAAACCCGAUGUGUGUGAUUGCCAACUACUUGUUUGACACUCUGCACCACGAGCUGUUCCGAGUGGAGCACAGCGUGCUCAAGCAAGGGCUCAUCAGCGUCGGAUCGACUCGCCUCAACGAAACGGACCCGCUCGACCCCGACAUCAUCAAACGAUUGAGCAACUUGUAUCGCUACGAUGCAAUCGAUGCCGACUAUUACACGAAUCCGCACAUCAACGCCGUGUUGAAGUGGUAUUGCGACUACUACAACGACUCGCCCGCCACGUUUUUGGUCCCGAUUGGAGCGCUGCACGCGAUCGAGCGCCUCAAGCAGCUCAGUCGCAACGAAAUGUUGAUUCUGUCAGGAGACAAGGGCCACACGAACCCCGACCACUUUCGUGGAUUGCAAGACCCGCAUAUCGCGGUCCACGGCAGCUUCUCCGUCAUGGUGAAUUAUCACGCCGUGGGAAUUUACGUCGCCCAUCGUGGCGGAUUUGCCUUGCACAAUCCGCAGGAAGAAGCCAGCCUCAAGGUUUCGUUGUUUGUCGUGCCGCAAGACACGGCGCCGCCGCCGCCGCAGGAUGGAGUGGACGUCGAGGACCUGUCGAUCCAACGGAGUGCGGCAUACCCAAAUGUGGCUCAUGUGUAUGACGAUACGCUGGUGUCAUUUGGUCCAAAUGAUUUCUUCGUCAUGCAAAAAGCCAUGAAGGAAGAGGUCAAGGCGCCGAGUCUCAAGGGGGUGCUGGCGCUGAUGAAGCUCAGUUUCUACGACGCCGACUUGUUUUACAAAUUCCGCGACGUAUUCCUCGACCAAACGCCUGGAGCGACCGCCAAGGUCAAGGUCGACGUGAUGCUGUGCCUCCAGAACACGUGGCGCCACUACUUUCAACUGGACAAAGAAAAGGACAUUGCGUUCGAGAUUGGCCGCGUGUACUACGGCAUGCGCGAGUACGAAGAAGCGCUGCGGUUCUACACGCGCUCGCUGGAAGAAAUGGGCAAGCAUCACGUUACGUACCACAACAUGGGUCUCUGCUUCUACAGCACUCGUCGGCUCCCCGAAGCGUUGGAUUGCUUUCAAGCUGCGACCAAGCUCAACUCGUGCUAUCAGAAGGCCGCGACGUGGCUGCAGCGUGUUCAAAACGAAUUGAGUCCCGAACAAGUCGUCGCAGGGAACGAGAAGGAGGAGCACCCGCCUCUCGUGUCGAUGCAACAAAUCGACGUUGAAGUCCCCAACCCUGUUGAUCCGUUGUAGACAAGAGGAAAUCGCGGCACACGUCGUGCCCUUCUACGUUACAAAAUGUACACUACUAAAUGACCUACCCAACGCAUUUUGCCUGGCCAGAUGUCAAGUUCGCAGCACACACCUUGGCACUCGGGCUCAAGGUUGGGCAUCUCGAUCGUACGACGUGGUGCAGGGACGAAGCC